AACAGCAAAAAAUUUAGGAUUUAGGUUAGGUUAGGUUGUAGGUUUGUAGGUUUUAGGUUAGGUUAGGUUGUAGGUUUGUAGGUUCUAGGUUUUAGGUUGGUAGGUUUUAGGUUGGUAGGUUUUAGGUUGUAGGUUGUAGGUUUGUAGGUAAAUAGGUAAGGUUAGGUCAGGUUUGAUUAUGUUUUCCUUUUAUUUCCAAGACAUAAAGUAUCAUUUUUGGAUUCAGGAUGUCAAAUAAUGUAAGAAUAUGAAAACUUUAUCUUAAACAGUCACUCGGACUCAAUGUAUACUUUUACCAUAAAAAGUAGGCAACUACUGAAUGAAUAUUGACAUCAAUUCAUGAUGAAGUGCCACUACGAAGUGCUGGAUGUGGAACGGACUGCCACUGAUGAGGAACUCAAGAAGGCAUACAGGAAGCUGGCCCUCAAAUGGCAUCCUGACAAGAACCCUGACCAAAUCGAGGAGGCGACCGCCCAGUUUCGGCUGGUGCAGCAGGCCUACGAGGUGCUGAGUGACGCCCAGGAGCGGGCCUUUUACGACCGACACCGGGAGCAGAUUCUGCGCGGCGGGUUUGACAAUGACUACAAGGACAACAGUCUGAACGUGUACCAGUACUUCACGGCGUCUUGCUACAGCGGUUACGGAGACGACGACAAGGGUUUCUAUGCCGUUUACAGAGAGAUUUUCAAGACGUUGGCUGCUGAGGAUUCGGAUUUCGCCAAAGAUGGAGACAGUGAUUUCGAGAUUCCCGAAUUCGGUAACAGCCAGAGUGUUUUUGAAGAGGUGGUGCAGCCGUUCUACGCGCACUGGCAGUCGUAUUGUACCCGUAAAACGUACACAUGGCUGGACAAGUACGACAUACGACAGGGCCCCAACCGAUGGACUGUGCGGCAGAUGGAGAAGGAGAACAAGAAGAUUCGCGACAAGGCGCGCAAGGAGCGCAAUGAGGAGGUGCGCGCGCUGGUGGCGUUCGUGCGGAAGCGAGACCGGCGCGUGGCGGCCCAGCAGCGCCGUCUGCAGGAGCGUGCUGCCGAGAACGCGCGGCGCGCUGAGGAGCAGCGGGACCAGCAGCGGCAGCAGCGGCUGCGGGAGAUGGCAGACUACACGGAGGCCGAGUGGAGCCGCGCCGACCAGAGCCAGCUGCAGCAAAUGGAGGCGGCGAUCGCGCGGGAGUUUGGUGAGGCGGUGUCUGACAGUGAGGACUCGAACAGCGAGCAGGAGGCCGAGGACGACCACCUUUACUGCCCCGCCUGCGACAAAGUCUUCAAAACAGACAAAUCGUUCAAGAACCACGAGGGCUCGAAGAAGCACCGCGACAACGUGGCGCGCCUGCGGGAGACACUGCUGGAGGAGGAGGAGAACCGGAACGGCGACACCGGGGCGGCGGUCAGCAGCGGGGAGGGCGACCGAUCUCCCGACGAGGGUCCGGCGCAACCCAGCUGUGCCAAGUCCAAGAAAAAGAAGCGUCAGAAGCGGCGGGCGGCGGCGGCUGUCGCCGACCCCGGCCUGAACAUGUCCCGGGGCGCGGGCGGGGGUCUGUUCGCCGAGACGGCCGACCUGGCCGGGGACUCGGGCUCGGACGGCGAGGCACCGGACUCGGCCGAUGACGCGGAGCUGGCGGCGGCCGCGGCGGCACUGCGGCUUCAGGAGCAGUCGGAGCAGCCGCAGGCGCCGCCCGCCGCGCCCCGGCUCAAGGGAAAGAAAGCCAAGGACGCGCGGAAAAAGGCCAGGGCGGAGCAGCAGCAGUCAGUUCCUUCCUAGGUGUGGUAGGGUCAGUGGCUGAUCCAGAGAGAGAGAGAGAGAGAGAGAGAGAGAGAGAGAGAGAGAGAGAGAGAGAGAGAGAGAGAGAGAGCGAGAGAGAGAGCGAGAGAGAGCGAGAGAGGAGAGAGCGAGAGAGAGAGCGAAGAGAGAGCGAGAGAGAGAGCGAGAGAGAGAGCGAGAGAGCGAGAGAGAGCGAGAGAGAGAGC